UUACGUUUUAGUGAACCACAUUUGCAUCACAUGGGCCUAAGAGAAAGUCCUCACUUCCGUGUUUUAUCUGUUGCUGGCAGACACAUAAAUAUCUUCAAUACUUUAUAAAGCUAUUGGUGGGAGCUGUCGACAUGUAUUUGUGAGUGUUUUUCCAAGCAUGGAUCUUCUGGACUUGAACUUUACCAACAUGUCAGUGAAGUCCAGCGCAGUGGCGCAGGGCCCGGAAGAGUACCGCAUAGUAGGCCUCAUCUUCUAUUCCGUCAUCUUCAUCAUCGGGCUCAUCGUAAAUCUCACUGCUAUAUCGGUGUUUGCGCUGACCACCAAGAAGAGAAACUCGGUUACUGUCUACAUGAUAAACGUGGCUCUCGUAGACUUGCUUUUCAUAAUAGUGCUACCCUUCAAAAUAGCCUACUACCACCUGGACUACUGGCCCUUUGGAGAUGUCUUCUGCAGGAUCAGCGCGGCUCUCACCAUCUUCUACCCCUGUAUGGCGCUCUGGUUGUUUGCCCUUAUAAGCACGGAUCGUUAUAUGGCUAUAGUCCAGCCAAAACACGUCAAAGAACUGAGAAACGUCCCCAAAGCAGUAGUGGCCAGUAUUGGAGUUUGGCUUAUGACCCUUGGCAGUACCAUACCCAUGGUUUUCUCCAAAAACGACCGCGAUUCAAGUUCCAACUUCACCACGUGCGACAAAAUGGAAGACAUUGUUUACCUUCGCAAAGAUAACCCAGUGAACUUUGUGCGUCUUGUCUUUUUCUUCCUUUUGCCAAUUUGCGUCAUGGUUGGCUGUUAUGCAGUCAUAGUGGACAACCUGAUCCACGGGCGCACUUCGAAACUGAAACCAAAAGUCAAGCAGAAGUCUGUGAGGAUUAUAGUUACGCUAAUUGUGCAGAUUUUGGUGUGCUUCAUGCCUUUUCAUAUUUGUUUAGUUGUGCGGCUUUUGGAGACAGACGUUGGGGGGUUUCACAUAUGGGCUAUCUUCACCACUUGUUUAAUGAAUCUCAGCACUGUUUUGGAUAUAAUUCUCUAUUAUAUAGUUUCUAAGCAAUUCCAAGACAGAGUAAUAAGCGUGGUUUUGUACAGAAACUAUCUCCGUAGCGUCAGAAGGAAAAGUUUGCACACGCACACCGGUAGCAUCCGAUCACUGAGCAAUUUAAAUAGUGCGAUGAUUUGAAACCAGCUGUCAAUCAAGACUCCCAUAAGUACUGUAUACUAGCGUGCGCAAAUGGAGCAACGUUACAGCCAAGUGUGUUUCUUUUUUUCUUGGUACACGGCUCAUUAUCAAAAGGAUCAAAACUUGCAAUUAAUUUCCGAGAUGUAAUUUACACUCACAGUAUGGGAGUGCUGCUGUUGUGGCAAAAACAUCUGUGUUCAGAGCUGAUUGACUCACCCUUGAGACUGGAGACGCUUCCUUGCUCCGCAGACAAAAGCAGCGACUAGAACUGUGGCUCAGGUGUAAUAGACACAAGGCAAAAAUAACUUUCAUAAUUAUUAUGAACACAGCACGCGGCAUCUAUGUUUGUUUGCUUUGGUUAAUAUGUAUAAACAAUGAAAGUGUUACAGCAGACGCCACAGGAAAUGAGCUCGGCUAUAAGGUUUUUUACGGGGCUUCUAUUUCAACGCAAGAUUAAAAUAUGUGCGAAACAUCGUCAGUGGUAAUAUUGUAUUCUACUUUACUUACUGUUUAAAUGUGUGUAUACAUUUAAGUGUAAACUGUAAUCAGAUCUACUCCAGCUGCUGUAAAGGCAUUGGCCGAUGGAGGGCAGCAUGGCACAGUCUGAAUACGAGUGCGCGCCAGAGACUAUUUGGAGUAGAGGACCGAAAUCCUGUGGCUCUAAGCCAGUUCCUCAGUUCAAUUAGAUGACUAACUUUUUAAUCACAAACUUUUAUAUUUACGUACAUUUUGUAUUGAAAAUAUGUAGCCUAAUGAAUGCACAAGAUAGUUUACAUAAGGGUUCAGUAAUUUUUAUGGUCAGCUGUGAAUUGUAUUGAUUGGAUGUUAAAUGAUUUAGUCACUUGGAGUGCAUUUACUGUAAUAUCCUCAAGAGAUGUCAAAGAAGACGUCCACUAGAUUUAAAAGAGGAAAUAGAAAAUUACAGCCCAACUCAAUUUGAGUUUAUUUAAAAAACAAAGUUGAAAUUUGUAAAAGUGCAAUGACAAGAAUAAAUAAAUAAAUGAAUAAAUAAUAUUACAACAACAAAUAUAUUUUCAGGUGUUAUUUUAUAUGAAUCGUUAACUAAAAUAAGACAAGUAAAAAUCAAUAGUGUUGAAUAAAAUAAUAAGGUUUGUGAGUCUCCCCUUCAUAACGUGGUUAACAGGUGACUCGGGGCAGCUGAGUAAAUACUUUCUCCCACAAUAAAAGAUUUAAGUCUGCAAUUAGGCUGUCAACAGCUUUGGUGUAAGCACAUGCACUUCAGUAACUGUACAGUGUACUGUAUACAAGUGUAUACACAGCUACAGAAAGGAGCUGAAGUGAAUGCACAAUGCUCGUCUGAAAAGGCUCUGAGGCCACAUUCCUGUGUUGUAGAGCACAGAUGAGCUCAUGUUGUACAUUAUGGAGUGUGUAUUCAUAUCCACAUAUGAGUGUGCUACACAGAUCCAUGUCUGUCAGAACAAGCAUGUCCCUGCAGACCGCUGCCUAUCUGCUCCACUGUAUUCAAUAAAGCCUGCAGUCCAGCUACACCAUUUCCAUUUUAUAUGGAAUUCUGGGAAGCACAGUUCAUCACAUGAUGAUAGCUUUAUUGGCUGCUGGACUACAAGUAGAUUUAUAACCAAAAGGUUAAAGGUCAAAUGAAACAUCAGAGGGUCGUCUAUCUGUCCCACCUGUUAGACAUCAAAGAAAAACCUGCACACUGCUCACAGCAACUGGCAUUUAAAACAAUUAAGUUCCCUGUCAAAGCCUUGUGAUGAAUUAUCCGGAAGCUUUACCCGCUGUAAUUCUAAAUCUUUCCAACAAGUGCCUUUGUUGUAGAGAAAUUAAUGAAAACAAGAUUGUCUUUCAUAGAGCUGAUCUAACAACGCGACAGCCAGCUGCUCCUCUUUGGGAAUAAAACAGUCAGCAUUAAACACAGCUCAGACAAAAUACUUUUUUUCUUGCACUCGUGUGGAAAACAAAUCAGGCGGCGAGCGCACUGGCCAUCUGUUUUGUUAUUUGAUAUGUGUGAAUACAUGUUGUAAUGACUUUGUUUGUGAAUCACUCUGCACGGCAGAACACACGAGAGCUCUCGAGGAGCUGGAGUGUUCAAAGCUAAUCAUAUAAUUGGACACAAUAGUCGAUGACAAAUGGAGACGCUCGGAGCCAGCCAGCUGGGAAGUGAAUAUGUAAUCAUUGUAAAAUCAUAUCAUUUUUGCAUAUUUGAAGACAGCUUAAUAGAGUUUGCGUGUCAGCACACUCUAAAGUGAUGAUCAGAGGGAGUAUUGCUGGAUUUGUUUUCUAAAUUGUGCUGCGCUGAAAUCUUUAUCAUGAUUAAAACUGUUUCUCAAGAGCUAAUGUUUAUUUUUCUGUGGCUCACUGAUGAAUGCUCAAGUACAAGCAGGACAUGGUGGCUCUUUGUAACACAGUCGGAUACAGCCCUCCAGAAAAUGCUUUAGAGGAGACAUCUAUUCCAAAAUAACAAAAUCAAGCAGCUUUUAGCACUUAAGUGUAAAGCAACAGAUGAGUGUUGCAGUUUGGGCAGCAGCCUUGUUCUGUGGCCUUUUACUUUGCCAUUAGUCUUCAUAUUGUUCCCAUUAGAGAGUAUGCAGACAUGAAAGAGCACCUAUAAUGUUAUAUAGAUACUGUACAGUGUACACAGUAUCCAGUCUGGGCCCCCGCUCUACUGUACGGCAUUAGCUCCAUGCAGCUGCCUACGUUUACAUCAUUUAGCGUUCCUCUCAGGGCACUUUAAUGCACUGAACCUCUCCCCUGGUAAACUUUACAAUAGGAUGUUGAGGGAUACUUCUGGACUGCCAUAGGAAAUGAAAGGCACAUGUGUGCGGAUCUACCGGCACAACACUGGGUCCCCCCUGUGAUGCCGAGCUUAAGGGCUGCACAAUGAGACUAAUGGAUUCCUUUUGUGGGACAGAAAUAGGUUAAGCACACGCGCUAUUGUUCUUAUCUGGUCUGUGUGCAACAAUAAGUCCAGUAAGGAAGGCACGAGCUAUGCAAAUCUUCACAGCUUCACAGAGGUAAUCUUUUCCUUGGGCAAUUGCAAUCUAGCCCUGCAUUGUCUUCUGUCUCCAUUAAAAGGAGAUAAUCUAGUGCAAGUGUUUCGAAUGGUACUACAGUGGCUCCAAUUGACCCAGCAGUUAGCAGUGAGCACAAGGAACUCUGGGAAAUGUAUGGCCUUGAUUACAGCUGUGUGUCUAUUUUAGCAGAUUGUUUGGUUUCCGAUUCGCACACAGACACAGCCAGUCGCCAUUAGCACGUAUAAAUAAUGUACGGCCCAUCUACUCCCUCCUCCCUUUUCCCUUCUCGCUCAGCUCAGAUAAAGUGCCAUCAUUGGAAACCUUGGACUGCUCACGAUCUCCACAGAUUUGGAUAAGAUUUAUUUUGGUUGGGUUUUUUUGACAGCGUUCCACAACAUGCAUCUGGGAUUGUGUUUAAUUGUACUACUUAGAGGACAAGAGUAGUGCUUCUCAUCAGGAAUAGAGCCAAAUUUUGGAUAAUCUUGUCUCAUUGCAAAUCUGUCUUUGUCCAAAUCUACAAAACCUGCCAUAUUCAAAAAAUAAAUUACAUUUAGAACUAGAAGGUAGGACUAAAUAAAACCAUAUAUGCCAUUAUUAAAUUGAUGAUGACUGAUGGACAUAGCCUAUGUAAGUAUUUUGUCAGGUAAUACUGUAACUGGGAGAAAAGCUACUGACAAAGAAACCAACUUUUUGUACUAUCAAGAACAUGUUUGCUAUGAAUUAUAUCAAAACAUUUACCUUAAACCUAUCACAAAUAGUUGAUUUCCUGUAAUAGCAAAAUAAAAAGUAUUGGAAAAAAGCACAAAGUGGGAGAUAGAUGAGAACCAUGUGAAAACAGCUGAAUCAAACAAUCCCACACAAUUGUAUCUGUGUCAUGGUACUUGACACUUUUAUAUAUCUAUCUAAAAUGGUGAUCUUCAUGGAUGGCUAAAGCCUCUCUCAAAAAAUGCACACAGCAUGACAACGCUAACAUGUAUUAUUAGCUAUUUAGAUUAAUCAGUCAGGCCAUGGCUCAAUAAUUUAACCCCCAGUCUCGAUACAGAAGCACAAACCGUGCUAUAUACCACGCAUACACGAGUGACAGGGAAAGAUUUAAGGAGGCACAGUUGCUGCUUAAAAUGUAAAAUCAUACUAUUACAAUAUUUCACACAGGGUUCCUUUAUCUCCGCCUAAACCUUUACACAACAGGGCUCUGAGCAGCGUGAGUGAUAUGAUGGCAGCUAAUGCUAAUGCACUCAUUUCAGCUGAUGUGCAUUAAAAGAGAGCUGACUGACAAAUUUAAUGUAAAAGCCAGGUAGAGAGGGCGAGCGGGGUGUGGAGAGAGAGAGGCCUAUACAUGAGUGGCUCUGUGUGCACAUCACGUCUCCUCUCCCUAAGCUCAAUUACAGGAUUGAUACUCAGAGAGGAAACUUCAUCAUGUCGUACAGAUGUCUUCACUGGAGGAAGAGGGACACGCCGCAUGUUGGCGUUUAACGUGACACAGUCGCCGUUCAUUCAAAACAAGACAAAUCAGGAACAGUUGAGCAAAAGAUUUUAUUCAAGUCUAGGUCAUAGUUCAAUCUGAGUCAUGCAUAUUUUCAUUUCCCCAUGAGAUAAUGUGAGAAAACACAGUCAUCUAUAGUGUACUAUUGGAAGGAGGGCCUAAAACCCACCCUUGCAAAAAAGAUGGAGGAUCUAUUAUAUUUUUCUCAAUGGAAAUGUUACUUUGCUUAUAAUAUAUAUCCCACAGUGUGAUAAUAAUGGUGUGUGUGCCUGUGUGCAUGCGUGUGUCCAUCGAAGUCGAAGUCAAAUGUUGUGUUCUUCCCAACUAGUCUGGCUGCUGAGGACCUCCCCCCGCAGACCUCCACCAGGAUAAACCUCCUCUCGUAUGUCCCUCUCCAUUUUUCAUUAGUGUACUUUAUAAAUGACUUAAUUACACUUUCUAAAACUCAUUUCAAAUUGUUUAGAGCAAAGCACUUCACAUUUAAUCACCAACAGAUUUCAUUUCUAGUUUGAAAUUAACUAGCUUUGUGUUGUCUCCGCUCUGCUUGUGUAGGGAAAUUAGCAGUUUAAAACAAGAACCAAAAAAACAAAAACAAAAAAAAAGAUAUUUAACUGUCACCAUUUAUGCAGGCUUGGGAAUGGCAAUUGUGGUUCCUUAAAAUACUGACACAAAUAAAAUAGAUUUGAUAUGAUCUUAUAAUCUUAUAAAAUUUUACAGCCCUAUACCAAGAAGUGAAGUGAACUGCCUUUAGUUACAGGGCUGAAUCCAUCCAUUCAUUGUCACAUCACGUGUAUUAUUAGGGCAAUUUAAAUUCAACAGUCUUUGGGCAGUGAGGAAAAGUGACACAUAGGAAGGGUAUGCCCAUUUUAGUAAGCCACUUUAAUAAGACUCAAACUCACAAACUCCUCACUAAGAAGAAAAAUCUGUAUCGACUCUAAUCUAAAAUAUCACCCACUUGCUCCAUUCAUCUGAGUAAACUGAUGUGAAACAAUAACUUGCAAACAAUAAUAAUGUGUGAGUGAGCUAGUCAGCCCCAUCACAGUAAACAUUUUUUACAACCCAGACAGCUCUAUAAAGCGCUUUAGGCAUCAUUGGCCAGAGCCGUCAUUAGUCAGGGCUUGUGUGUGAAUCUAAAUAAAACCACAGUGCUGCUCUCAUAUACUUUACACUGUUCCUCUCACACAUGGAGAACACUCACAACAAUGGCCACGCUCUGCUUUAAUUUCAUUAGGUUUUGUCUUUGCAAAUGCCAAGUCCUGUUUUGCCUCAAGAACAUAUCUCUUAAUCACGUUCCAUCCAGGCUGUGUCUUUCAUCUCAAUCUCACAGUUGUGGCUCCUGCCCAACUUUAUUUUGCUAUAAGGUAAAAGAGGGGAAAAAAAUAAAAGCAGACUUGCGUACACUUCCAACAGGGGAAAUGCAAUGACAAAAGCCCUCCUCUCAUCUCUGUCACAUGAAAUGAUGUUUGGUGUUUAGCGGCGUGCUGCUGGGGUGUGUGUGCGUGUGUUUUUUGUGUGUGCGUGUGUCUGCAGGGCUCAGAUCCAUGUUGUUUGGUUUGCUUCUUCCAUUAAGAGAGCUGUAAAGCAGAGGGAACAGAUGGCUGCUGGCCCGCUCUGUCCUGCAUCCUCUCACAACUGCCACACUUCCUGUGCCGCCAUUAAUCUUCCCUCACUACUCCUGCAGCACAACUUUAUUAAAACAACUCAAGAGAGAGCCAACAACAAGCACGGCGCAGCUGUCAGGAGCAAAAGACCCAACCAUCCGUCCACACAAGAAGAGCCCCGCAUUUUGAGACGCCCACGUAAAACAACUGGAGUAAGGAUGCAGUGGGGCUUUGAAGCGCUUGCCGCCGUAGUCGUGGAGGAGGCACAGUAAAUGCUCAUUAGAACACAGCUGGAACUGCUGCUGGAGCCACUUCAUGGGCGUGCUCCGUCAGACUUAAAUAUGGGAACCACCAGCUCAGCCUGCAGCGCACUACUGUUUGGGCUCAAAAGGAAGUGCUGCGUAACUAUGAAGUUUGGCUCAGAUAUUUGAAAGGAUAAUUGUACACAGUAUGUCAAAUAAAGGAACUUUUUUCCAUUGGAGUCAUGAUGGUCUGUAAGAUUUCAGCACAAAAAGAGAGUUCAGCUGCUCCAGUGUUUCUCAAAAUGUGGUGCAUGUUCCACUGGUGUUACAUGGGUUUGGGGCAGAGGUGGGACCAAGUUGUGUUUUGCAAGUCUCAAGUAAGUCUCAAGUCUUUGACCUCAAGUCCGAGUCAAGUCUCAAGUCAAAUACAGGCAAGUCCAAGUCUAGUCUCGAGUCACUGGCCCAUAAGUCCAAGUCAAGUCCAAGUCGUCUGCUUUGAGUUUUGAGUCAUUUCAAGUCGUUAAACAGAAGUACCAAAUAUAGGUUAGAUUUUUGCAAUUUAAAUGAAUUUUAAACUAAAUUGUACUUAAAAAAUCAAAGUAUAUUUAUCCUUAAGUAUUUAUAUAACAGUUGUAGAGAGAGUUGUAGUUAAUUUUUCCUUUUUAAAUGUCUUGACAAGAUCUUAAUGUGAAUCAUUAUGGACAGAAUAGAAAGAAUUUAGAGUUAAAAGUGCUUCUCAAGUCUUCACAAAUCACAUGCCUCAAAUCCAAGUCAAGUCCCAAGUCUUAGUCCAUUUUAUCAAGUCAAGUCUCAAGUCCUGAAAACAGUGACUCAAGUCUGACUCGAGUCCCCACCUUGGGUUUGGGGUCUACUUCAUUUCCAUCUUUAUUUAUUUUCUUUAAGUAAUAUUAUUUACGCUUUAUUCUUGCUUUAAAGAUGAGUCUUAUAAGUGUUUUAAUGUUCCACAGUAUGGCAUUAGAUUACAGGACAGAUCUGUGGAGAGACUGCUCCAUGCACAGUAAAAAUUCAUGUUUUUCAUUUGACUGUAUUUCUUUUAAUACAACACAAACACUUGCAACUGGAUAAAUGCACAAUUUCUUUAGGCUUUACAUCUCCAUGGACUCAGAAUACAUCCCUAAACUACACACUCCUCAUUUUCCUAUCACAGUUUUGUAAAGUACUCAUUUGUGAAGUACCCAUAUACCCUUACCAUCUAUUGUGUGGCCUGGAACAAAGAUUGGGAAUUAUAUUACAACCAUCUGCAAAGUGUUCACUGGCAACUUUAUCAGAACGAGCAAAUUGAUCUCUUGAAGUUUGUGUUGGAAAAGGCCAAAUUGGGCAGGCUUCCCCAGCACAUAGAUCACCUGCUGUCACCUGACACUUUUGAUAGAUACUGACCACUGCAGACUACGCCACCCCACACGAGCUGCAGACAAACAUUUGAUCAAACUUGUUCAACUUUGAGAAGAAUAAAAUCUAUUAGGACAUACUAUCUCAGAGCUACUGUUUUUCACUAAUAUGUAAACCAUAUACUGCAAAAAGAAAUGGACUAAGUGACAUCACCCAUAGUGUUUGGCUCCAGUCAAAUGAAGCUCAUGAUUCUAGUAGUUAUGAGGGAAUAAGUAAAAGAGAAAUUUAUUUACGGACAAAUUAAUGAAAUAAAAACACUAGGAUCAUGUAGAGUAGAUUAAUACAAAUAUUUUAAUACCAAAUUACGAAGCACCCAGCAGCAGUUACAGAGAGAGGGGAGACAAUUUUUCAAUGUAAAGUCAAGUGGAGCCAGAGUCGAUGGAGCCAGAAGCAGCCCCACGAACACUUCCUAUUUGGAACACCAUGUCAAAAUAAAAGUCUAGUUUUAAGUGACAAUUCUGGAAAUGUCAAAUGUUUUUUUUUUCUCCGGAUGUCAGAACAAUUCUUCAUUUAUUUUUUCAACCAUGAAUCAUCUGUGUCCACAUUUAAAUAAAAACGAAUGCCACAACAAAUAUUAUGUGAUUGGGCUCUGUUCGGCCUUGCGCUCUGUGUCCGCAGCAGUCAGCGGGUAAAUUGAAAAAUCAAUUCCCAUUUAAAUUAUUGAAAUAAAGAACUCCAGGAGCCAGAGAUAAAAAGGAAAGAAAAAACCCUUGGUGUAGAUCCCCUUUAAUUGGAAAGUCAUUUCUUCAGGGUAUUCUAAUGGUUCGGAGGAAGAUUGCAAACUAAAGUUGAUGAAGCUGGAGGGAGGUUAAUAACUGUGUGCUGUUUGUGUGUGUCUGACCCUGCAUGUUGUCUUUGGUGCGCAGCCGUCGCCUUCUGAUGACACGAGCGCCAAUGAAGAGUAAUCCACCA